AUGUUGACACCAAUUGUUGUGGUCGGUAUUGCAGCCGGUAUCAUGGUGUUUGUAGGCUCCUUAGUAGCCGUUUUUGUUCUGCUUCACCAAGGAGGAUCGUUUGAACGUAUGGCACAGGAAGUAGUGGGACUACCAAUGCCUCUGGGUGAGCAAAAACCACUACUUUAUGACGAACUGUUGGAAAAGGCAAAGACGCUGAGUAUUCGGCUAAAGCCUCUAGGACACAACAAAUUACUGGAGGGAGAGAGCAUUUACGUGCGAGAUUUUGAAGCAUCUAAAGACGUUGCAGAUCUGUUUGCUAUCUCUAAUGGAGAGCCACAGGGAGGGAUCUUUCGAGACUUGAUCUUCGAUGCUGACGAGAUGAUUUGGAAGUAUCUUCCACAUGGACCCUUUGCAUCUAUGGAUGAUAUGAAAGAGUUUUACGCACAUGAUGAAGUAGAUGCUCGUCACUUUGUGGUAGUGUAUCGAAAGAGCAAGCAGCCGAUUGGAAUGGUGACGCUGGGUGAACAUUCGCCACGAAAUCUUCGCAUCGAGUUGAUGCACUUGUGGCUUUCUCCGGCUUUUCAGGGUAAGUCGACACUAAAAGAGAUUGUAUUGCUGCUUUUAAAGUAUCUGUUUGAUAGCGGAUACCGUCGAGUGGAGUGGCGAUGUGACGGACACAACGUACGUGCUCGACGUGCUGCUCAUUCGUUGGGUUUCACGUUUGAAGGUGUGAUGCGAACGCACCGAAUCAUUAAGAACUGCAACUCCGACACAGUUGUCUUCGCUGCUAUCAACAGCGAGUGGGGGGUCAUGGAGGAGCAUUUGCAACAUAAACUUCGGCAAGAGCUGAAAAAGGAAGAAGGAGGUGAGACUGAAUCGAGAAAAACACGAUAA